CCCGGGAGCAGCCGGGGGCCGCCCCCACAAUGCCGUGCGGCGCUGCCCGCUCCGCUCCGCCAUGGAGGCGGCCGCCGCCGCUGGCGCAGCCCCGCCGCCCGCCGCCGCCCGGCCCCGCAGCCCCUGAGCCCCGCGCACCUCUCGCGCUCCAGCAUGAGCGGCGGCGGCGGCGGCGGCUCCUCGGCACCCGGCCGCUUCGCUGACUACUUCGUCAUCUGCGGGCUGGACACCGAGACCGGGCUGGAGCCGGACGAGCUCUCCGCUUUAUGCCAGUAUAUACAGGCCUCUAAAACCCGAGAUGGUGCCAGCCGUUUCAUUUCAAGUACAACAGAAGGGGAAAACUUUGAACAGACUCCGUUAAGACGCACAUUUAAGUCCAAAGUUCUUGCUCGCUAUCCUGAGAAUGUUGAAUGGAACCCUUUUGACCAGGAUGCAGUGGGAAUGCUGUGUAUGCCUAAAGGGCUUGCUUUCAAGACACAAGCAGAUUCUAGAGAACCUCAGUUCCACUCUUUUAUUAUUACUCGUGAAGAUGGCUCACGGACAUUUGGAUUUUCUCUCACAUUCUUUGAGGAAGUUACUAGCAAACAGAUCUGCAGUGCAAUGCAGACGUUGUAUCAUAUGCACAAUGCUGAAUACGACAUUCUUCAUACUCCACCCACAAAUGACAAAGAUAGCUGCAGCAGCACUGGGGACUGCAAUGGCACUUCUGUUUCAAAGCUACAGCGUUUUAACUCGUAUGACAUUAGCAGAGACACACUCUAUGUCUCAAAGUGCAUUUGUCUGAUUACUCCCAUGUCUUUCAUGAAAGCUUGCAAGAAAGUACUAGAACAACUUCACCAAGCAGUGACUUCACCUCAGCCACCACCUCUACCUUUAGAAAGCUACAUCUACAAUAUUCUCUAUGAGGUUCCUCUUCCUCCAGCAGGAAGGUCAUUAAAAUUUUCAGGUGUUUAUGGACCAAUUAUCUGCCAGAGGCCAAGCACCAAUGAACUGCCGUUAUUUGAUUUUCCAGUUAAAGAAGUUUUUGAAUUGCUUGGAGUAGAAAAUGUGGUUCAACUCUUUACCUGUGCCCUCUUGGAAUUUCAGAUACUGCUUUAUUCACAGCAUUAUCAGAGACUGAUGACUGUGGCAGAGACCAUCACAGCACUGAUGUUUCCAUUUCAGUGGCAGCAUGUGUAUGUUCCUAUCCUUCCAGCAUCCCUCCUUCAUUUUCUUGAUGCUCCCGUCCCUUACCUGAUGGGCUUGCACUCCAAUGGAUUGGAUGACAGGUCUAAGCUGGAACUCCCUCAGGAGGCUAACCUCUGCUUUGUGGAUAUAGACAACCAUUUCAUCGAGCUGCCAGAAGACUUGCCCCAGUUUCCAAACAAACUUGAGUUUGUUCAGGAAAUUUCAGAGAUACUAAUGGCAUUUGGAAUUCCACCGGAGGGAAACCUUCACUGUAGUGAAAGUGCCUCCAAGAUGAAGAGCCUCAGAGCAUGUGACCUAGUUUCUGAUAAAAGAAAUGGGAACAUAGCAGGAUCACCUUUGAAUUCCUAUGAGCUGCUAAAGGAAAAUGAGACCAUUGCAAGACUCCAAGCACUAGUUAAAAGAACAGGUGUGAGUCUAGAAAAGCUGGAGGUGCGAGAGGAGACCAGUAGCAAAAAGGAUCUUAAAAUUCAGUGUGAUGAAGAAGAAUUCAAGGUUUACCAGCUGAAUAUUCAAAUCCGUGAAAUUUUUGCCAACCGCUUUACACAAAUGUUUGCAGAUUAUGAAGUAUUUGUCAUUCAACCCAAUCAGGACAAGGAAUCUUGGUUUACAAACAGGGAACAGAUGCAAAACUUUGAUAAAGCAUCAUUCUUGUCAGACCAGCCUGAGCCUUACUUGCCUUUCCUCUCAAGAUUCCUGGAGACACAAAUGUUUGCAUCUUUUAUUGACAAUAAGAUUAUGUGCCAUGAUGAAGAUGAUAAAGACCCUGUUUUGAGAGUAUUUGAUUCUAGAGUGGACAAAAUUAGGCUGCUAAAUGUUAGAACACCAACUCUGCGCACAUCUAUGUAUCAAAAAUGCACAACCAUUGAUGAGGCUGAGAAAUCGAUUGAAUUAAGACUGGCAAAAAUAGAUCACACUGCAGUCCAUCCACACCUGCUGGACAUGAAAAUUGGACAAGGAAAGUAUGAACUUGGAUUUUUUCCCAAGCUUCAGUCUGAUGUUCUAUCUACCGGACCAGCAAGCAACAAGUGGACAAAGAGAAAUGCUCCUGCACAGUGGAGGCGGAAGGACAGACAAAAGCAACACACGGAGCACCUGCGUCUUGACAAUGAUCAGCGAGAGAAGUAUAUCCAAGAAGCCAGGAAUCUGGGCAGCACUAUUCGGCAGCCCAAGCUAUCUAACCUCUCUCCAUCAGUAAUUGCACAAACAAACUGGAAGUUUGUAGAAGGAUUGUUGAAGGAAUGCCGAAAUAAGACCAAGAGGAUGUUGGUUGAAAAAAUGGGGCGAGAAGCUGUGGAGCUGGGUCAUGGUGAAGUGAAUAUCACAGGUGUAGAAGAGAAUACCUUGAUAGCCAGUCUGUGUGACCUCUUAGAAAGGAUAUGGAGCCAUGGUCUGCAAGUCAAACAGGAUAGAAGCUGUACUGCUUUCGUCUUAGAAGACAGAGCAUCAGUAUACUCUGCUUCAACUCAGAUUUGGGCCUUUCAGACCACCAGACGGCCAACCCUACAUAAGGGAAAGUCUGCUUUGUGGUCUCAUCUGCUACAUUACCUUGAAAACAGACAGAGAAGAACUACAUCAGGCAGCUUCAGUAGCUCAGGAAUACUUCUUGAUUCAGAAAGGAGAAAGUCAGAUACCAGUCCAGCCAUGUCACCUCUUAGAAUCUCUCUCGUCCAGGAUAUGAGGCACAUCCAGAACAUCAGUGAGAUCAAAACAGAUGUUGGCAAGGCCAGAGCCUGGGUUCGUCUCUCUAUGGAAAAGAAGUUGCUGUCUAGGCAUCUAAAGCAGCUGCUUUCAGACCAUGAACUCACAAAAAAACUCUACAAGCGUUAUGCAUUCCUCCGCUGUGAUGACGAGAAAGAACAAUUCUUAUAUCAUCUCCUGUCAUUCAAUGCUGUUGAUUACUUUUGCUUUACCAAUGUUUUCACAACAAUCUUGAUACCAUACCAUAUAUUGAUUGUUCCUAGCAAGAAACUUGGUGGUUCAAUGUUUACAGCCAAUCCUUGGAUUUGUAUCUCAGGAGAACUGGGUGAAACAGGAGUCCUGCAGAUUCCCAGGAACAUACUAGAAAUGACUUUUGAGUGCCAGAACCUGGGAAAACUGACCACAGUGCAAAUAGGACAUGAUAACUCAGGGCUGUAUGCCAAAUGGCUAGUUGAAUAUGUUAUGGUCAGAAAUGAAAUAACAGGGCAUACUUACAAGUUUCCCUGUGGAAGGUGGCUUGGAAAGGGAAUGGAUGAUGGCAGUUUAGAAAGGAUCCUGGUGGGAGAGUUGCUGACUUCCAACACUGAGGUUGAUGAGCGGCAGUGUCGAACCCCUCCUUUGCAGCAGUCACCAAGCAUGAUCAGAAGAUUUGUCACUAUAUCACCAAACAAUAAGCCAAAGUUAAAUACUGGUCAGAUACAGGAAGCUAUUGGUGAAGCUGUCAAUGGUAUUGUCAAGCAUUUCCACAAGCCAGAGAAAGAGAGAGGUAGUCUGACGCUCUUGCUGUGUGGAGAAAGUGGACUUGUUUCAGCUCUUGAACAAGUGUUUCAGCAUGGAUUUAAAUCACCCAGGCUCUUCAAAAAUGUCUUUAUUUGGGACUUUUUAGAAAAAGCACAAACAUAUUAUGAGACCCUUGAGCAGAAUGAAAUGGUCCCAGAAGAGAACUGGCAGACAAGGGCCAGGAAUUUCUGUCGCUUUAUCACUGCUAUCAACAACACACCUAGAAACAUUGGAAAGGAUGGCAAGUUUCAGAUGCUGGUGUGUCUUGGAGCCAGAGACCACCUCUUGCAUCACUGGAUCGCCCUGCUUUCAGACUGCCCGAUCACAGCACAGAUGUAUGAAGACAUAGCACUAAUUAAGGAUCAUACUCUUGUGAAUUCUUUGAUUCGAGUGCUGCAGACCUUGCAGGAGUUCAACAUUACGCUGGAGGCAUCUCUUGUCAAAGGAAUUGAUAUAUGACCUCUUGUCCCACAACAA